AUGACGUCACCUUUAUUAUUGGCUUCCAUGAUUCUCUUUCCUUAUAGCGACUUCCAACACUAAGCACAAGUAGCUAGUGCAGCUACAAAUACAAAUACCACAAGUUCAAUCUUAUCUUCUAUCCUUGGCAGCAAAACGAUACAAUAACUUUAGUAAAAUGGAGAAAGCACAGCUGGUGUUCGUCCCCUGGCCUGGUAUGGGCCAUCUUGUAUCCGCAGUGGAGCUAGCAAAGCAUCUUCUCACCCGCGACCAACGACUCUCCGUCACUAUCCUUAUCCUCCAGCUAUCUUUCAUCAACUCAAAGCAGGUUCAUAACUACAUUGAAUCGCUUCAAGCUUCCUCCUCCACUAUAUCCAAUUCUCUCCGAUUCAUUAUUUUGCCGAAAGAUGAGCCUGAAUUAUUUAAUUUCACUUCUUUUAUCGAGAGACAGAAACCCCAUGUUAAAGAAGCUGUGUUAAAGAUCAUUCAAUCAGAGUCGACCUCUGACUCGCCUGCACCUCGACUGGGAGGUUUUGUUUUAGAUCUGUUUUGCGCGCCGAUGAUUGAUGUGGCUAACGACUUUGAUGUUCCGUCUUACAUUUACUUUACUUCAAGUGCAGCUUUUCUUGGUCUCAUGCUUUAUUUACAGAAGAUUCAUGAUGAAGAGAAAUUUGACCCCAUUGAGUUCAAGAACUCGGAUGCUGAGUUACCAGUACCGAGCUUAGUAAACCCAUUUCCUGCAAGGGUUAUGCCUUGUGCGAUGUUAAGAAGAGAGUGGCUUUCUCCUACAUUAGAGAAUGCAAGAAGGUAUAGGGAAGUUAAGGGUAUCAUCGUAAAUACAUUUUUGGAGUUCGAAUCCUAUGCGAUUCAGUCUUUAAAAAUGCCUCCUGUGUAUCCUGUGGGACCCAUUUUGGAUAUUGGGUCGGUCGGAAGCAACGCACCCCAGGAAAUAAUGCAAUGGCUUGACAACCAACCUCUUUCAUCAGUAGUGUUCUUGUGUUUUGGAAGCAUGGGAAGUUUUAGCGAGGAUCAAGUAAAAGAGAUUGCAUGUGCGCUAGAACACAGUGGGUAUCGAUUCUUGUGGGCCCUCCGCCGACCACCACCUCCGGGAAAACUAGCAUCUCCGAGUGACUAUGAGGAUCCACAAGAGGUUUUGCCUGAAGGAUUCUUGGAUCGAACAGCUGGAAUUGGAAAGGUGAUAGGGUGGGCUCCACAAGUUGCCAUCUUGGCCCAUCAAGCUGUGGGAGGUUUUGUAUCGCAUUGCGGGUGGAAUUCUGUGCUGGAGAGCAUAUGGUUUGGGGUUCCAAUCGCCGCGUGGCCAAUAUAUUCAGAGCAACAACUUAAUGCAUUCGAGAUGGUGUUUGAGUUAGGAUUAGCUGUGGAGAUUAAAAUAGAUUAUAGUAAGGACAGUGAAAUAAUUGUGAAGUGUGAUGAAAUAGAGAGAGGGAUAAGGUGUUUGAUGGAGCACGAUACUGAAAAAAGGAAGAAAGUUAAGGAAAUGAGUGAAAAAAGUAGAAAGGCCUUAAUGGAGGGUGGAUCUUCAUACUUUUGGUUAGGUCAUUUCAUAAGAAAUGUUAUGGCAAUUAAGGGUUAGCAUUUGGUUCAAAUCGAAUCAAAUUGAAUCGAAUUGAAUUAAAUCAUGAAAAUUAAAUUAUAAAUUUUAAAAA